UAGGUUGAGAAUGGAAUCCCGGAAAAUCAAUAUUUUGAAAUGGACUCUAGUUUCAGUAGCUAUUCUAUCUUUUACUGAUAGUAUUUUCAUCCCUUUGGUGGUGUAUCGCAUUUGUUAUCAAUCAACCAGUACAUUUGUACCGAGUCAAUGCGUCAAUUGCCCUUUUCUAGCACUACAAGGAUAUUCUUUCAGCUGUUUUGGAACGACAGCAUUUCCUAGAAAUAUGACACCAGCACAAGCUCAAUGUAUGAUACAACGAUGUCAAGAUGGAGUGAAGCAAACACCAGUUUAUUUAGGGCGCAAAAGGCGAUCCGAAGAUGAAGAGGCAGCAAGAGCCAUUGAAGAACCUUCAACCACACCAGCAGCAGAAAGUGAAAAGAAUGAAAAAGAGAUGCAAAUAGUUGGACAAAUAGAAGUAUUAGUAGAUUCUGGGUUUGAUGACUAUGAGGAUGGAUUCUAGUACUGUAUAUAUAUGUAUAAGAUAGCAGACUCUGUAUCAUUGAAUAUUUCUAUCAACCAUUUCAUAGUUGAAUUAUUUAUUAAAUCAGAUUUUGAGCAUA